UUUCUUGUUAUUUUUCCUGCAGAUGCAUACGAUGUACGUGAUCCAACAGGAAAUAUCACAAUCAAAUGGGAUGUAAUGAGCUGGACUCCAGAUGGCUAUGUGGCUGUUGUUACAAUCUACAACUUCCAGCACAAUCGCGAAAUUAAGGCUCCGGGUUGGACGUUGGGAUGGACAUGGGCGGAGAAGGAAGUAAUCUGGAGCAUGCUGGGAGCACAGACGACAGAGCAAGGGGAUUGUUCGAGAUUCAUAGAGAACAUCCCGCAUAGCUGCAAAAAGAAACCGAUCGUCGUCGAUUUGUUGCCGGGAACUCCUUUUAACCAACAGAUUGAAAAUUGCUGCAAAGGGGGAGUCCUCAACUCUUGGUUCCGCGAUCCAGCCAACGCGGCGAGCUCGUUCCAAGUCAGUGUGGGUGUUGCAGGGAAUAGUAAUAGAACCGUCAAAUUGCCGAAGAAUUUCACUCUCAAAGCGCCAGGGCCUGGAUACCCUUGUGGACCUGCAAGGAUUGUAAGACCAACUAAAUUUCUCACUCCAGAUAAGAAGAGAGUCACCUAUGCUUUCAUGACAUGGAAUGUUACUUGCAUACACGGGUAUUUACGUAUCCAAAUCGUAUGAUCUUGAUGAAGAAACCCCUCUUAAUAUAUCAUCCUUUUCAAUUGCAAGAAACACUCCGUACCUUAAAACCAAAAACUUUUAAGGCGUGUUUGGUAGGUCGUAAUAGAGAAUUGUAUUGCAUUUGUACUGUAUAAGUUGAUACAUUUUGCAAAGUAAUA